CAAUGAUAUCCAUGUUUUAAACGCAACUGCAUUUUUUUGGCCGACUUGGAUGGAUGAGCACCUGGAGUUGGUGUACGAAUCAAAUAAUUAUAAUUUUUCUAACCAGUACAUCUAUCAUAUGUGGUCUAUGUUAAGCUAUGAUAAAUAUUUGCAAUAUAUGUCCCCGAAAUCGAUAAAAAGUGAAGAAACAAGCUUUAAUAGAGCUGGCGCGAAAAUUUCCACACCACACCCCAUUUUUGAUAUUUUCACACCACUGAACCUAG